UGUUCUUGGUGUUUAACCUCCCUAAAAAUCCGCUAGAUGACAUUCAGCCCAGAACUCGAAAGGCAAAGAGGGAAAGGUAUUUGUGAACAGGAAGCAGGUUGACGUGAUUUCCGCAGGCUUAAACCGGGGAAAGUUGUUUCCUGAAGUUGACACCGCGCCGAUCAUUUCCACACCAAAGCCCCGGUGCCGUGAAAGCAAUGACUCCGACAGGUUUCUCGGAUUGUUUGUAGACGCUUCGCCUCGUCAGACGGCCCCGCCGGUCAACUCUGACGGCAAGAUGAGCUCCAAGAGUGAAGACACAGAGACGAGCCUGUGGGCCCAGCUGGCCGAGUGCCGAGCUCAGGUCGAGCACUGGCAGGGUGUGGCGACGAUCUGUGAGCUGAGCAAACAGGAGGAACUGGCAGAGCUGCAAAAACAAUGUGAUCAAGAGAUCCAGUCUCUGCAGGAGGCUCUUAGAGAGACCGCAGCGCAGUAUGAGGCCAGAAUAGCUGUUCUUCAGUCUCAGCCUGUGGAGUGGAGGAGAGCCAGUGGACAGAAUAUGAUCAGUGGCAGGAAAGCCAGGAUGGAUGCAGAAGCCACCAGUAAUGAGUCCCCGUCAGCGACCACCAACAGCCAGCCAGAGGCUGAGGGCACGGCGUCGACGGACGGGAGGCACGACCAACCAGCGGAGCUCGAGGCGGCGGCGGAGGGAGAAGGGGUGCCACUUACAGCGGAAGGGUAUUUUUCACUGCGGCACUGCGACUCGGCCUCGUUGUCGUCCUUCUCCUUAGACACGCCCUCUCUGCCCAGAAAACUCCACGCUCAGGAAGACACCGACUCUCUGGUCUCCACAGGAACUUUGGUGCCUGAAGCCAUCUAUCUGCCACCGGCUGGACACCGGCUGGUGACGCACGGUGACUGGGACGCACUCAAUGCUCAGGUGUCUGAGCUGCGAGGGGAGGUGAGCCGUCUCGAGGCUGAGAAGGAGGAGCUGGAGAGAGAACUGGAUACUCAGACCAAGCACACACACAAACAGGUGUCAAUGCUCCAGUCUCAGGUCCAGACUUCAGAGGCCCUCCUCCAGGACUUGCAGAAAUCUUUUAGCCAAUCACAGAAUGCAGUCCAGAGUCGGCUGGCAGAAUUAUCAUUUUCCCAGAGGAAGAUGUGCAGUGAGCUGUCCAGACUGAAAGGAGAGGAGGUUGAGGAUGAGGGACCAGAGUCCAGCUCAUCAUUACCAGCGACACUGCAGGGAGCUCACUGUGAGGAGCGGCUUCGCAUUGAGAUUGUGAACCUGAGGGAACAGCUGGACAACCGGACAGAGGAGAAUGAGGUUUUAGAAGUGCAGCUGUCCAGUUUGAAGACGGAGACGGAGAGGAUCCACGUUCAGAAGGACCAGUUGCAGGCUGAACUGAUGGCGUGCCGCACUGAACUGGAUGCCCUGCGGGUGGCACUGUCUCAUGUGCAGAGCACCAACAAGACCCUCAGCAAUGAUAAAGCGGGCCUGCACCAACAGUGUCUGGAGCUGCGUAGCCAAGUGAUCAGUCUGCGCUCGCAGGUGGACACCAGCCAGACUGUGCAGAGGGACUUUGUCCAGCUCUCCCAGUCGCUGCAGGUGAAGCUGGAGUUAAUUCGGCAGGCUGAGAGUCUUGAACAAGUGAAGGAAAUCCUGGAAGAGGGCGUCAGUGAAGCUGGUUCCCCGCCUGCAGACGCCUCGUGAGUUAAAGAGUCAAUUUGGAACCAAAGAGCACAGACCAAGAGAAGACAUCCCAAGAGGGACCAAUAAGGACCAACCACCCAUCGCCACAUGAAGUACUGUCGGGACCACAGGGAUUAUCACAGCUGGUGCUGUGGUUUGGUGUUGGAGACUGAAACUGUUGCUUCGUGACCAAAGUGGUUUUUGAUGAAUCAUGAAUGCUUUGGGGCACUGUGAAACUUUUCUCACACCGACUAACACGUUUAUCGCCGAACUAAUAGAUCUGUAAAUGUAUUCUGUAGAUACAACUGACAUGACUCCAGAAAACACUCAACAGUCCAACACUUUUUGCACUGGAUGAACUACACAAUCAUUUUCCUAUGCAGACUUUUCCUGUGAAGAAGGACCUCUAAAAGCAGUGGAUCACAGUGCAAUAAUCAACUGAUGCAGAGCAGAAACUCUCCUACAGUAACUGCAUUUCAGAUGGGAUAUUUUAUCAUGCAUUAAUUUGUCCUCUUUUUAUUUUAGCUUAGCGUUGUCAACUCACUGGUUCUUACUACAAUCAUACUAGCUUUUAAACUUAAAGCAUAUUUAUGAUUGUGGACAAGGAAAGAAGCUACAGUAAGUAAAAACCAUUGAAGGAAUGUAAAUGUGUAACAUCUUGUCAGUUUGUUUUGUGUUAAUUCAUAUUGAAGACUAAAGAUAGGCUGUUACUUUCUUUCCUUUAACCUUGAGUUCUUAAUCAAAUACUAUGAUAACGUUUCUCAACCAUGUGCACAGAACUCUAUGCAGUCACUUAAUAUGUUGAAGGGGUAAGCGGAAAUGUCUAAGACUGAUAUGCAUAAUAUAUUUGUUAUACUACGUAAUUUGAUAAAAUAAGAUUUCAUGUACUUUAUCAUUUGAUAAUCUCCAUUAAACCAAUUUGGAAACAUGCAGAAAAUUUACCAACUUGAAAUAUGGAGUUGCAAGCCAUAAAAGGUUGAAAAACCCUGAAUAAUGUGAAGAGUUAAUUUUAUGCAGGUGAUGUAUAGCUAUCUCACUUGUGCAAAAACUGUCCAAAACCAAACUACAGUCAUAAAUUUACAUUAUUUCUUAAUAUGUUGAGUAGUUAAAGAAGAGCUUCUGCAUGAGCAGAGCAGGAACCUGUUCAUAACAAGUUAGAAACUUGGAUACUGUUCUGCUCUGUUUCUGAAGUUUUUAAGGUUAAGAAAUGCUGCUAAACAUCUGUUUAGAGCAAGUUACAUACAAAAAUCAAAUUGGACACUGAAAUCUGAUAUUUUCUUAAAUAGAUAUCUUUAUUCUUUAAGAAUAAAAUCAACACAGAAUUAAUAAUCUCUCACCUAUAUAUUAACUUCAGUACAUACACAGAAAAAAAUAUUUUGCAGCUUUUAUUUUGGUGUAUUUUCAGGUGGCUGAUGUGUUUUCUUUUGUAUUCAUGCCACUCGAUGUUUUGAUGAGCGAUGAUCGAGAGGCUGUUGGCGGCUCUCUUUCAGUGGGAUCGCUCAGCCUUUUCUUUCCGUCCUCUGUGUCUCUGCUCUCUCUCUCUGCUUCAGCAUCUGUCCUCGUUGCCUCUAGACUUUCCCUGGAUAGGAAAAUAGAUACCUGUCAGUUGGAAGGUAAUAUGCUGAGGUGACAUAACUACAAUGCAAGUAAAUGGUCCACUUGUUAAAAGGAAGUUUUGGAAAGAUUUUGGGGAAAUAGGCUAAUUUGAUUUGUUGCCAAGAGUUGGAUGGAAAGAUUGAUACAAUUCUAAUAUUUACCACUUGUUAAACUAUAGCCAGCAUCCAUCUAUCUUAGCUUAACACAACCAAACUGCUAGCAUGUCUGUCCAAAACCUGCUUUACAGCACCUCUAGAGCUCAGUAAUUAACACACAAUAUUUAAUAAUAACAUUUUUAAACUUCAAUGUUUGUGCAUGUUAAUUCGUGAGCUUUGCAGGUUCUGGCAGGUAGAUUUGUUACCUGCAGGCCAGGCUAGCUGUUUCCAACAUGGAUGGCAAGAAAGUGAAAUAGCAUAUUUUCCAAAAUGAUAUUGUGCUGUGCUAUUUUAAUUAAGUCAAUUAAGUCAAUUAGUGAGCUCAUCAGCAGUGUCACAUAGUGGUAGUAGCUCCAGUCAAACUCAAUAGAAAACCUCCACAAAUUGUGAGAAAUGUAAGUGAGAAAAUCAAAAUUUUAAAGCAUGUUCUUAUAUGAGUACUGUCAAAAAAAAUCAUUAGAAGGCUGUUUUUCAUGAUUACAAUUGUAAACAUGUGUUUGAAAAAUAAUUCAACAUAAUCUAUUGACAUUUUGAUUAU